AUGGGCGGCCCCGUCGCCGCCCCUGGAGGCCCCGUCGCCGCCCUUCGCGGCCACCUCGCCGCCCUUAGCGGCCCCGUCGCCGACCCUAACGGCCCCGUCGCCGACCCUAGCGGCCCCGUCGCCGCCCCUAGCGGCCCCGUCGCCGCUCUUCACGGCCCCUGCGAUAGGGCAGACAGACUCUCCCUGUUCGAUCUCACCUCUGGUGUCUCUCCUGCUCCGCCUGCUACUUCUGACAGCACUGUUCGCUCACAGUGGGCCACGCGCGAUGCUGCUGCCCGUCUUGCUGUGCGUCGCCACUUACCGACCACUGAGCGUGCGCACUUUAGCCAGUACAAGAGUGCUAAGACCUUGGACCACUUCCUCUUAGUUUGCCCCACCACACUCACCGUUGACCUCCUCGAGGAGCGCCUCCUAGCAGCAGAGAAGAGCAUAGUCGCUGUAGGAGCCUCUCGUGGUGACCCUCGCACCCCCGUCUUUGAGGGGUGUUCUCCCUCCCCCCUCUUGCCCUCUGUUGCUUCUCCUGCUGCAGCCGACCUCGUUGGCUUCGAGUCGGUCGGCGCUGCGUCUGCCCCUAGCGGGAGACGCCGCACAGGCAAGGGCAAGGGGGGCAAGGCCGUUGGAGGGGCUGGCGGGGGCAGUGGAGGUGGUGGUGGAGGCAGUGGAGGGGGUGGGGGUGGUGGUGGGAGUGGUGGCGGGGGUGGAGGUGUCGGUGGCAGCAGUGGAGGCGGAGGAGGCGGCGGUGGUGGCGGAGGGAGCAGAGGCGGCGGAGGUGGCGGAGGCAGCGGAGGUGGCGGAGGCGGCGGCGGCAGCGGUGGAGCUGGUUGCGGCUCUGCGCAGAGGAGUGGCUCCGGUGGUGGUCCGCGCCAGCAGCAGCAGCGCAGUCGUGAGACCCUGUCCCCUCAGCAACUUUGUGAGUGGUACGCUGGGCGUCAGCGGGGUGGGGGUACUGGUCCCUGCACCUACGUCCUCCGUACAGGCGAGCGCGCUGGUGAGCAGUGCGGGGGCACGCACUCCACCCAGCGCUGCUUCGGCCGCCUGACGGACGCUUGGCGUCAUCAGUUCCUUGACGCCACUGAGAUCCCUCGCUGGGAAGAGUUGUCUAGGGCGGGGGUUGCUAUCUUUGAUCUUGACUAUGACGCGAUUCUUGCUGCCAUGUAUGCUGUGUCUACUAGUGAUGAGGGUGACUGUUACCUGUGCGUUCCGCCUGACCCGGGCAUUGAGGCUGCUGCUCUAGGUGCUGGUGAGGCUGCUGCUCUAGGUGCUAGUGCGUCUGCUGCCCCAUGUGCUGGUGAGUCUGCUCUCUCAGGUACCACGUUGGCUCAGGCCUUGCACACCUUCACCCUUGACUCGGGUGCUUCCCACUCCUUCUUUCGAGACCGCACCACGCUUACGCCGCUUAGUCGGCCGGUUGCGGUCUCCCUGGCGGAGCCCUCUGGGGGUCCUGUCCUUGCUAGCUUUUCCACUGUCUUACCGUGGCCGGCAGCCCUCUCUGGCACCCUGUCAGGUCUCUACCUCCCCUCGUUCUCUACGACUUUGGUGAGUGGAGCUGAUCUACAGGAUCGGGGGGUUGACCAGUUCACGCCUGCGAGUCAGCGGGUGACCCACUGUACGUGUGCUCGGACGGGCCGACACUUGGCCACGUUUACCCGUCAGCCGGGGUCGAGCCUGUACACACUGACUACUGAGUCUCCUCUGGUUGCUGAGUCUGGUCAGGUAGCUGCGUCGAGUCAGGUGUUUGCUGCAGCGUGCAGGUCUGGUCCUGAGUCUACGCCCUGCUCGUGUCGUCUCCUGUCCCACCAGACUCUCCUUUGGCACCACCGCCUUGGUCACCCGUCCCUGCCUCGUCUCCGAGGCAUGGCCUCACGUGUCCUUGUCUCUGCCGGUAGACCUAGCGGAAUGGAGGACGACGAUUUCGAAGAUCUCUACGGCGAUGUGGGCGCGGCAUCCGUCCCCGCGAGCGGCACCGCCGCUCCGGCUUCCGUGCGACUUGCGUACGACUACGGGCUGGGCGGCGACGACGACCUCGAGGAUGCCGACGACGAGGCGCUGCUCUACGGCUCGUCGCUUGCCGCACCACCCGCUCCUGCGAUUCCUGUACCCGUGAAACCCGAGCCUGUCGAACAGAUCGCACCGCCGUCCUCUACCCCCGCCGAACCUAAGGCGGAGCCUCUUAAGUCUAUUGAUAUUACCCCGUCGAUUCCGCCCCUCGCAACCGCGUCCGCACCCAACGGCCGCGAUGCAUCUAUCCCUUCCCCUCGCACCUCGCCGCCUGUUUCGCCUGCGGCCGCUCCUCCGUCAAAUGCCGGAGAAGCUUAUGACGCGGACGGCGGAGCGGCACCCGGUGCUUCGUCGACGCCAUCAGUUGAAGGAUUAGCCCCGCCCGCGACUGGCGGUGGAUCGCAGGAGCGUGGGCGCGGCGAGGAGGAGCAAGAGGAGGCGGAGGAGGAUGAGGAGGAUGCGUUUUACAAUCAGCUGUACGGGGGUGGGAAGGAUCGUGCAGAGGAGGAGGUGGAGGAGCGCGGUGCGAGCCCCAGUGGCAGCAAGGCAGGCGGCAUUGGGGGGAAAAGCCGCGGUGAGGAGGGCGAGCGGGCGGCACUGUGUGCCGACGUCGCUGGACCGACCUCGGACUCCCAUGACCACUCUGCCACCGCCGCCGCUGACGCUGCUGCUGUAUCGAAUGUGCCUGUAGCGGGAGACGUUGAGCGGCAUGACGAUAAAGAAGAGUUUUUUCGGGGGAUGAAAGCGGAGGGGGAAGAGGAUGCGGAAGUGCGGGAGGCGGAGGAAGGGCGGAUGGACGCGGGCGCAAGGGCGGAAGGUGGUGUGGUCGUGGAGAGUGCAGGGGGAGGUGACGCAGAGGGGGUUAGGGUUGGGACUGGCAGAGUGGGGGACGAGCAGGAGGCAGCAGGGGGGGAGGAGGAGGAAGAAGAAGAAGAGGAUUUGGAGAAGUUUCUAUACAGCGCGGGGGGCGACGAUGAUGGUGGGGGGGACGGUGGCGGUGAUAUUGGCGGAAAGGAAGGCGCGGAGGGCGAGCAGAGCCUGUACCCCUUCGCGGAGCUGGAGGCGGAAGAGGCGGAAGAGGCGGAGGCAGCGGAGGCGGCGGAGGAGGCGGGGGAAGCGGAGGCGGAGACGUUACAAGGCAAGCAGGGGAAGGCAGGGAGCGGAGCAGACGGGCGAGGCGGGGACGAGCGGGUCGCUAUGGACGUUGAUGGGGAUGCGCGCCAAGGGCUUGGGGGGCGGGCCGGGGGAGAGGAGGAAGCGGAGGCGGGGAAGCACGAGGGAAAGGGGGAGGGGAUGGAAGAGGAUGGGGGGAUGAAGGCGGACGAGGAAAUUGGUGGCGCAGAAGGGAAGGAGGCGGAAGCGGAUGGGGAAGGCGGAGCAGAGGGAGAGGGAGGGGAGGAGGAGGAAGAGGAGGAGGAGGAGGAGGAGAGUGAGGAUGAUGACGAUGACGAUCUGAUCAUCGUGGCCAAUGACCCGGUGCCACCUGUCGGCGAGUGGGAUGAGGGCAUGGGGGAGGAGGGCAUGUAUGGCAUGGGCGCAGGGGGGGAGUACGGGGGCAUGCCUGGGGGCGCGGGGGGAGGCCAGGGUGAGGAAGGCGCUGAGGGCGGAGAGGGGGAGGGGGGAGGUGGCGCGGGGGGGCCGGGCACCCCGGCAGUGCAGGGGGGAGGGGGAGCAGGGCGCGGGUACCGAGUGACUCCGCCCUCCAAGGUGAUUGUCUUGCUCUGCGCUGCGCUGCACCUGUCACUUGCCACCUGUCGCUUGCCACCUGUCAAUUGCCACCUGUCACUUGCCACCUGUCACUGCUCGCCAUGCCGUCUGUCUGCAUCGUGUGCCCUUCAUCAUCACAUCCUCCCUCCCCCAACUCCCUGCUUCCCCGAUCCCCGCAUGGGCGCAACCCCCCCCGCCCCCCCUGGUUCCGCCCCUGGUGCGCUUGCAGCAGGGGGAGGGCCAGGGGGGGGUGCAGGGCAGGGUGGAGGGUGGGCAGGAGGCAUGGGGGGGCGAAUGGGCGCAGGGGGGCCCGCAAUGGGGGGAGGGGCGGGGCAGCAGGGGCAGUACCAGCAGCAGGGGGGCGGGCAGGGGGGGAGGCCGCCGGCAGUGUGGCAGCAUGGGUCGGGGCGGGGGUAUCACAUUGAGAUUAACCUGCCGCCCACCAAGACGGUGUUUGACCUGGACAUAGACAGCCUGGAGGACAAGCCAUGGCGGCGGCCGGGAGCGGAUGUGAGCGACUACUUCAACUUCGACCUCAACGAGGGCGCAUGGCGCCACUACUGCCACCGCCUCGCACAGCUGCGGCUGGAGGCGAGCAUGCAGAGCCGCAUCCCCGUGUUUGAGUCGCGCAUGCCCACUGAGGACAUAGACCCAGAGAUGCCGCCCGAGCUGGUGACAGCUGUCACACACGCCAUGGUCAGCCGCCCGCAUGCCGACGCCGUCUUCUUUGUCGAGCGCCGCCCUUCCUGGGAGACACGCCGCCCGCGCCCUGUGGAUGCUGACGUCAUCAUCGAGGUUCCUGCUUCUCCAUGCACACCACUGCGUCCCAUCCCCCAGCUCAGUGCUCCCCUCCUUUCCCUUUCCUUGCCCUCAUUCCCCCCCGCCCCACAUGGCCUCCCGUGUGCGCGCCUGCAGGUGCCGGUAGUGGGAUUGGCCAUGGACGCGCCUCCACCACAGCCCCCUCCCCCCGCCGGCCCUCCUCUUGCUGCCGCCCCCCAUGCUGCUGCUGCAGACGCGCACAGGGGGAUGGGCGCAGCGGGGGGAGGGGGAGGGGCAGGGGCAGGGUCAGGCGGAGGGGGAGGACCUAGUGGCAGUGCAGGGGGGGGAGGUGGGAGGAUGCACGGGGAGGGGCAGGGAGGCAGGGCGGUAUCAGGGCAACAGGGCGCACCUGGGGGAGGGCCAGCGAGCUCAGGUGGCACCCCAGCUGUUUCUUCAGGUGCCGCUGCUGCUGCUGGCCCGCCCUCCCGCGCUGCCUCUGUGGAGGGCGCAUCUGGCGCAGUGGCAGGGGGAGCAGGGGGGGGACCGCCUGGUGCCUUACCCCCGCCUCCCCCUCUCCCUCGAGGCCAGCAUCCCCCCUUUCCCCCCAUGUUCCCCGGGGGACCCGAUGGCAUGGGCAUGGGCGCGGGCAUGGGGGCGGGCAUGGGGGCAGGGAUGGGGGCGGGGAUGGGCAUGGGGGGGAGAGGCAUGGGCAUGGGGCGUGGCGGAGUGGGGGGGUUUGGCAUGGAGGGCGGAGGGAGGGGGCGAGGCAUGGGGCCAGGCGGAGGGCACAUGAUGAGGCCCAGUCCGCCCAUGGGCAUGAAGGGGGGAAUGCUGCCCCCGCACAUGCUGCCCCCCCAUGCGCACCCCAUGUUCCUCCGCGGCCCCCCUGGGGGCGCUGGCCCCAUGGGCGGACCCAUGGGCGGAGGCAUGGGGGGAGGUAUGGGCGGAGUCAUGGGGGGCGCAGGGGGGCACAUGGGGGGAGGCGGCAGGCGGGGAGGAUUCGAUAUGGGGGGCGGAGGGGGUUUUUCCGGGGGGAUGGGCAUGCACCGGCCCCCUCUUUCGCCAUCCCAUGCUGCCAGCUAUGCGACUGGGGGGGAGAGCAUGGGGGAAGGGGAGGGGCGCGCAGGGGCAAAGUCAAGGCGCCAGGGGAGGGGGAGGGGGGGGCGGGGGGAUGCAGAGGAGGAGGAUGAGGAAGGGAUUGGGGAGGAUGAGGGUAUGGGGAGGAGGAGAGAGGAUAGGAGGAGGGGGCAGAGGGACUGGGAGGAUGAGGAGGAGAUUGAGAAGGGGAGAGGGAGAGAGGGCGGGAAAGGGCGAGGUUGGGACGAGUAUGGGGGCAAGGAGAGGAAGAGGCGGAGAGUGCGGGGGGAGGAGGGGCAUGAGGAAGCGGAUGAAGAGUGGGAGGAGGAGAGGGGACGGCGGGGGGAGUGGAGGGGGAGGGAUGGCAGGGGGGAGAGGGAAUGGGGGAGGGAGAAGGGGGGCCUGUGGGGGGAGAGGGACCGGAGGGGCGGAAGGGGAGGAGAAGGGGAAGGGUAUGGGCGGCGGGCAAGGGGCAUGGGGAGGGAGGAUGGGGGGUUUGGGGAGGGGCCUAUGGGGGGAAGGGAACGAGGGGAGGAGAGGCGGGGGAGAUUCAGGGGGGAGGAGGAAGGGCGGAGGGCAGGGGAAGUGGGGUGGCGGAGGGAUGGGCGCGAGGGGGGUGAGGGGGGCCGAGUGUCGGGGUUUGACAAGCGGGGGGGGGAGUUUGGGGAGGGGAAAGAGGGGAGGCGGGAGAAGCGGGAAUGGCCCGAGGAGAGAGGGGGCGAUGAGAAGCGGAGGCGGGGCGUGGGGCGCAGGGGAGAGGACGACAAGGGAGGGGAGUUUGGGCGUGCCAAGGGAAUGCGCGGAGGGGGCGAGUGGGAGGAGGAGAGGGAGGAGUGGGAUGGGUGGGGAGAGAGAGGCGUGUCUGUGGAAAGGCGGGGGGGACGGCGGGGCGAGGAGGAGGGGAAGAAGCCUAGGCGGGGGGGACGCGAGGAGUGGGAUGAGCGCGGAUGGGAGGAGAAUGUGGGCAGGGGGGAGGAGCAUGCGGGGAAAAGAGGGAAGAGGGAUGGGCGGGAGGGGAGGCAGUGGAGGGAGGAUAGGGAGAGUGAAGGAGAGGAGGACUGGGCAGAGGGGAGGCAUGAGGAGGGUGCGAGGGGGAGGGGCAUGAAGGAGAAGCGAGGGAAGGGAGGGAUGGAGGAGGCGAGGGGCGGAGGGGAGGCGGAUGGGGAAGGGAGUUGGGCGUCUGGGGGCAGGGAAGGGCGGAGGGAGGGCGGAAGCAGGCGGAGGAGAGGUGGCUCGAGUGAAGGAGGGGAGGAGCUGGAGAAUGGAGGGGCGAGGGGCGCGCAGAGGGGAGAGGGCAGGGCAGAGGAGAGGGCAGCAGAGAGAGGAGAGGGGAAGGGCGGAGGGAGGGGUAAGGGGAAGGGGGCUGCGGCAGAGAGGGAGGAAGGAGGUGAGGGCGAGAGGAGGCGGGGGCGGAGGGAGAAGAGGGAAGAGAAUGAAAGGGAUGAGGAGGAUGGUAGCGAGGGUCGAGAGCAGAGCGAGAGAAAGGAGAAAGAUGGAGAGGAGAGAGGGGAAGAGGAGGGCAGGGAGGGUAAGGAACGUGAAGGAAGAGAGGGGGAGCAGGAAGAUGAGGAGGAGGAGGAUCCGGGGGGGGACGCGGUGGACUAUGGCAGCAUGUGGGACGCUGAUGGCGAGGGGGAUGUGGGGAUGCACCCCAUAGAGGGUGGUGGGGGUGACAGGGGAGACGGGGCGGAUGGGGUGGGUGGGAAGGGUGAUAGGGGUGAGAGGGAUGGGAGGGGUGGAAGGAAUGGAGAGGGCCGGGAUGAUGGAGACAGCGAUGGGGAGAGCGAGAGGGAGGGCAGGGGGAAUGACGUGAGGCGGAAGGAAAGGGGGAGAGAACGGGAGAAUGUGCAAGAGAAGGGCAGGGAACACGAGAAAGAGGGGAGGAAGGGGCGGGAGGGGGAGGAGGUAGCAAGAAGAGAGGCAGAGGAGGAGGGGCGUGGCAACACAGUCAUUGAGCGCCCUCCCACCCCAGUAAGUCCGUGCCUUGCCUUCACGCACCCCCCAUCACUCCGUCGCCUCGUGACCUCACCAUCAUGUCAUGUCGUCACCCCGUCGCCCCUUCACCUUGUCGCCCCUUCACCCCGUCGCCCCGCCGUCCUUUCACCCCUUGGCCCCAUUGCUGCAUUGCCCCAUCAAACCAUCACACCAUCACCCAAUCACCCCUGGCCCACUCUCGUUCUCAUUGCCUUUCCCCACACCCUCACCUCCCCAUCCCCCCCUCUCUCCCCUUCACCCUUCCUCUCCCCCCCAUGUCCGCCCUCCUCCCUCCCCUCUCCCUGA